AUGUUGGCUUCAACCUUUUUUUCACUUGGCCUUCUCGCGAGUAGAACCCUCUCAUCACUAGUCAAUAAGACAGACAGUCACCCCACAGUGACUAUUGAUGCGGGUGUAGUUGCCGGAACUACGGCAUCCAUUUCAUCCUCCACUGUUACUGUGAACCAAUUCCUUGGUAUUCCCUUUGGUGCCCCUCCCGUGCGCUUCAGUCCCCCACAGGCUCCUGCGCCGUGGUCUUCGGUCUACGAUGCAUCACAGUAUAGAGCCGACUGUAUUCAGCAGUUCAAAUACCCAGAGGCCUCACGGAACCGAACAAUUGCAGCAUUCGACACGCCUCCGCCUCGGGGCGGCGAGGAAAGUGAAGACUGUCUCCACCUGAAUAUCUUCGCCCCACAGCAAGCACCAGAGGGCUCUAAGGCUGUCCUCUUCUGGAUCUACGGUGGUGGUUUUGCGAUAGGAGCGAGUUCCCUGCCUAUUUAUGAUGGCACCAGCCUUGCGGCGAACCAGGACGUGGUGGUAGUCACCAGCAACUAUCGCACCAAUGUCUUUGGUUUCCCGGGCUCUCCUGACCUACCUAUAUCAGAGUGGAAUCUUGGCUUACUCGACCAACGUCUUGCCCUAGCCUGGGUCCAGCGAAACAUUGCUGCUUUUGGCGGAGACCCAAACAAAGUCACCAUUGUAGGCGAAAGCGCAGGGUCCAUGAGCGUGGACGCUCUCAUUACAACUCCUCCAGACCCUGUUCCGUUCCGCGCUGCUAUCAUGGAAUCCGGUACGACAACGCUACUGGCUGCCAUUGCCGGGAAUGAUUGGAAAGCCCUGGUGAAUGCUACCAACUGCCAGAAUACGAAUGAGCUUGAAUGUGUUCGCGCCAUCCCUGCAAAGCGACUUAACGAGAUUGCUGAACGGAAAAUGCUCAACUUCUCCCCAAUUCCCGAUGGGAUUACCUGGCCAAAGAGCCCACAUCAGAACCGUCUGGAGUCUACGGAUGACCCCUCUAAGGUCGCCCGUGUGCCUGUACUGAUCGGGAGCAAUGCUGACGAAGGCCAAACAUUAGUCGUUGGACAGAAUGCGACCGAAGCCCGCGCCUUUCUCGGUGGAGUCCUGGAUAAUAACACGACUCUGCUUCACGCUAUCCUGAAAGAAUACCCGCUGGGCACUCCGGGGGUUAAGACUGAGCGCGAUCGUGUAGCGAAGAUUCUGACUGAAUUUGGAUUUCAGUGCCCGGCGCAGCGCGUCGCUAAUGACAGCACGUCUGCAGGCAUUGAUGCUUGGCUAUAUUACUUCAAUGCCACCUUUCCGAAUACCAAUCCACUAGCUGGUAGCGGGGCCUUUCACUCGGCGGAGGUUGAUCUGGUCUUCGGCACAUACAACGAGAAGGGGGCCACGAAGCUUCAGAAGGAACUAAGCCAGCUGAUGCAGAAAACGUGGGCUGACUUCGCGAGAAAUCCGUCUGCUGGGCCCGGCUGGGAGACUGUCCCUCGGGUUGGAAUCUUUGGUGAUGGGCCGAAGACUGAUGGAGAUGGUGUGACCCAGGGAUUGUUUCAAACUGUUGAUGCUAAAGAGCUGGAUCAGAGGUGUCAGCUGUAUCGGGCAUUGCAUGAUGCUAUGGACUCUGACCAAGACUGCGUAUACAACAAACCUUCACGCAAGCGCCGGCGUUCGAUUACCGCUCCGACUGAACAAGCACGCGAUGAUCUCCAAACGGACCCAGCUGGACUAGGCCUCUCAAGCAGUUCUUCCUCUACUGAAAGACCGCGUCUUUGCUCGUGGAACCUCAGCCUGCGAGACAAUAGCAUAGGCUGCUACGCAGAGGCACCGCUCACUCAAGUCUUGAGUAUCUCUCAUAUGCAGCAGUUAGCAGCUGUAUACUUUGCAGAAGUUCAUCCCGUGUACAACUUCCUUGAUCGUGCGAUGGUUGAGCGUGCCAUUCUUUCCAUGUCGCCUGAUCAGCCUUUAUUUGACCCUGCCCACCACGUGCUUCUGGGAAUCGCUGCUCUAGCAUGCCUUUUCAGCGAUCAACCAGUUGAUUUGGAGUCCCGGAUUGUGCAGUAUGCUCGAGCCGCUCUGGAGCAUUCGACUACGCUACAAUUACCGACCGUGGAUCACAUAGUCGGGUGGCUACUCCGCGUCAUCUACCUACGAUUGACCGGCUCACCAAACGCGACAUGGAUCGCCAGCUGCACGCUGAUGCAUAUGAUUGAGACAGCCAGGCUGCAUCUCGAACCAUCAAAUGUCUGUCUACCUUCAUCUGGGGAUAGCUCCUACAGUCCACAACUCAGAAAACGAAUCUACUAUAUCGCGCAACUCUUUAAUACAUGGAUAUCCUACGACUACGGACGAUGUCGUAUCAUACCUCGCGGGGCAUCCUGCUCCCUUCCCGCAGAAGACUGGACAGCAGACGGCAUCGCUAUCUGGCGAUUGACGGACUCCUUGGAUCCCGAUCGACAUCUUGACUCGACAGAACUAGAGAAUCUGUUGCUCCAAGCUUCCGAACUGACGCUAUCUCAUCCGGCCUUGGAACUCAAGCGGUGCAAUAUAGCAUUGUGCAUUUAUCGCAGACUUCGCGUAUCCGGUCGUGUCGUGUCCAGUAAAGCUUUAUCUCUGGUCUUGCAGCUGGCAGACAUGGGCAUUGACAAAGCAACUGAAAUGGCUAGGAGACAUUCCCCCUGGUGGCAUAUUGUGAAUGUGCCUUUCCAGACCAUUUGCGUCCUGCUUGCAAUUGAUACGAGAGCUUCUCUUGAGCGUGUAGGGAAGUCACUUUCUACUUUGCGAUUGAUUGCAGGUAUCUAUGGCACGAGUGCCAUCAAUGAGACCUUUGUGGCUGCCCGUUCCCUUAUACGGAUUCAUAUGAGGCGGAAAAGGGAGGACUAUGAGUUAUUGAACAGGGUGGAGGAAGAUAUUAUGGCGUGGGAGGGUGAUUCGAGUACUCUGGAGCCCAGUAUCCCAACUGCCUUUGUAUCUCAGCCGGUCGAAAUGCUGAACGAUGGCAUGGGAGAAUCUUGGGAUCUGGAUUAUCUAUUAUCAUCGAGCCUUUUUACUCCUUGGGGGUGA